GGCAGAAUACGGAACAGAGACUCAACCCACUCCAACACCGGCAGCAGAACCGCGUUCAUGUGAUUGUUGUGACGGUUUGUUAUGCAGACACGUUCGGUUAUUAUUAGUCUUCUUGAAAAACAAAAUAGAGAUAUGACGACAUUUGUUGAAAACUGCGCUACCGGUUGACACUAUACUGACUUUUAAGUGAAGUAUCCAGAAACACCGGCCGGCCUCCUCGUUUCCCCCACCGACCGGGCCGGUUCCCCAGGCAGCGCCGGCUCCGGGAGCCUGAUGGCGGAGCCGGCAGAGCCAGCUCCCGGGGAGCUGCAUGGAGACAAGCCGGGCCGGAUCAAUGACGCAGAGCUGGCUCUGAAAGGAAUCAAUAUGCUGCUAAACAACGGAUUCAAGGAGAGUGAUGAGCUCUUCAAAACAUACAGGAACCACAGUCCUUUAAUGAGCUUCGGGGCCAGUUUUGUGAGUUUCCUGAAUGCCAUGAUGACAUUUGAAGAUGAGAAAAUGCAGAUGGCCUUCGAGGACCUCAAAGCUACAGAGAAACUGUGUGAGAGUGAAAACACUGGGGUCAUUGAAGCUAUUAAAAAUAAGAUCAGAAGGAAUAUGGACUCUCAGAGAUCGCUGGUGACUGCAGUUGACCGGCUCCAGAGGCAGAUCAUCAUUGCAGACUGCCAGGUUUACCUCGCCGUUCUGUCUUUCAUCAAGCAGGAGCUGUCUGCAUAUAUCAAAGGAGGCUGGAUCCUCCGCAAAGCCUGGAAGAUGUACAACAAAUGCUACAGCGACAUCACACAGCUACAGGAGUGCUGCAGGAGGAGAGCGUCUGAGCAGCAAGGGAUGUCGUCUCCGUCUCCGUCCUCUGCCUCAGAACCGUCCGACCUCAGUCGCUCCUCCUCACCCGGACCAAGUCCACCUCAGAGACAGGAUAACAUCAGCCCGGAGGUUCUGGAUCGGCUAAAAGGAUCCGUCAGCUUUGGCUACGGUCUUUUCCACCUCUGCAUCUCGAUGGUACCACCACACCUGCUGAAGAUCGUCAACCUGCUGGGUUUCCCUGGAGACCGGCACCAAGGCCUGGCGACGCUCAAGUUUGCCAGUGAAAGUAAGGACAUGAAGGCCCCUUUAGCUACCCUGGCCCUGUUGUGGUACCACACAGUUGUGCAGCCCUUCUUUGCACUGGAUGACACAGACACACAGACAGGCCUGAUUGAAGCCAAAUCCAUUAUUCAACAAAGAGAGGCUAUGUAUCCAAACUCCUCCCUCUUCAUGUUUUUCAAAGGCAGAGUUCAGCGCCUUGAGUGCCAGAUCAGCGGUGCCUUGACGUCCUUCAACAAUGCCUUAGAUCUGGCCUCUGACCACAGAGAGAUUCAGCACAUCUGCUUAUAUGAAAUAGGUUGGUGCAGCAUGAUUGAACUGAACUGCACUGAAGCUUACAGAGCGUUUGAGCGGCUGAAGACUGAAUCCCGCUGGUCCCAGUGCUACUACGCCUAUUUAACAGGAGUGUGCCAAGGAGCCACAGGAGAUCUGGAGGGAGCGGUUACAGUUUUCAAGGAUGUUCAGAAACUUUUUAAACGCAAGAACAAUCAGAUAGAGCUGUUUUCCUUGAAGAGGGCUGAGAAGCUGAGGAGCUCCAGUCUAUCCAAAGAGGUCUGCAUCCUGUCCGUGAUUGAGAUUCUGUAUCUGUGGAAAGCUCUGCCCAACUGCUCCACUGCUAAGCUGCACACGAUGACACAUGUCCUGCAGGGGAUUGAUGAUGCCUCAUGUGCAGGCUUGAAAAACCUGCUUCUAGGUGCCAUAAACAAAUGUCUUCACAAUACCAAAGAUGCCAUUGAGUGUUUCCAUCUUGCUGCAAGAGACGAAGUGGGUCGUCUGAGCAACUCUUAUGUGCAGCCCUACUCCUGCUAUGAACUGGCCUGUGUGCUGCUAAACUCCCCAGAGACUGCAAUGAAUGGCCGAAUGCUAAUGCUCCAGGCUAAGGAGGACUAUGCCGGCUAUGACUUUGAGAACAGACUCCACGUUCGCAUUCACUCUGCCCUCGACUCUACGAAAGCCACAGAUCAGCCUUGAGGUUCAACCUGCCCCGUCGAAGAACUGGAAGAAAUAACACUUAAAAGCCACAUAACUAUUCUGCAUACUAGGUUCCACUUAGUUUUUAUUUUGAUGUUCAUGGAGAAUAAUUACAAGAGGAUUUAGUGAUAUUUACUGUACUGCACAAAACAUUAACUUUUUUUUUUAAGUCUUACAUAGUUUAUUUUUUUUAAAUGCUUAAGUCAGGUCUAUAAAGUCAUUUUGAAAGGCAGCAAGCAUAUUUCCUGUGCAGAUGGGUCAUUUGUCCUCAGAUUUAGGAAACGAGUUGAGCCACUUGUCUCGUGAACCUGUGAAAGCACUUCUCUGAAUGUUAAAGCCAUUACAACCUCCUCAGUGUUGACGCUCCACAUUUGUGUUCCAGACUUUGCUUAUCCACUCAGCAUAAGGCAGUCGUUUUUGUUUUUUCCCUCCCACUUUAGUUGCAGUCGUUUUAUAAUCAGUUGUAAAUAUGUCUUGAAUACAAAUUUUAAUAAAUGUGCAAAAUAUUGUUCCAAUUUUGAGUGCCCUGAAUGCACGGUUUUGCUGUCGGCUGUUUUACUUUAUAUUUCUUACAAAAUGAUUAAUAAAAUUGCAAAACUAAUAAAAUAGUCU